AUGGGAAAGACGCCGCACCCCUGGCAGCAGAUCGCAGCUGCACGUGCUGCCCAUGAGAACAUCAUUGUCAGUGCCGAGACAGGCUCCGGCAAGACCUUAGUGGCCGAGCUGGCAAUCCUCGAAGCACUCAGGCUCCACCCCAGCAAGCACGUCGCCUUCAUGGUGACCGCUUCACGGCUCCUGGCUCACCAACAGUGGAUGCGAGUGAAGGCGACAUUGCAUGAAGCAGAUCCUGGUGCAGAAUGCGCAGAACUCACGGGCUUCACAGCGAGUGGCUGGGGUCCAAAGGAGUAUGCCAGCGUGCUGCGGGCAAAGGUGUUGGUUGGGACUGUCGAGACCUUUACCAAAGCUUUCAUAGACCACGGCUUCUUCCGCUUCGAAGACUUUUCCCUCUUCGUGCUGGAUGAGUGUCACGAGGCCAAGGGGGAAUCUCCGGCAGCCGAACUCCUCUGGCGGCUUCACCGUCAGGACGGCUGCAACAGCUUGGAGCCCCAUCCAACUGUCCGGGUGAUGGGACUUACUGCUUCCUUUGCGAGCUGCAAGGCUAGCAGCCGAGAUGAUUUCGCUGUUCUCCGGCAACAACUGCAGGCCGUGAUGCAGUCAAAGAUGCACCACGUACCGAGGAGCGAGCUCCCCUCACGCAAGAUGCCGUCUUUCCACCGUGUCGAGUAUGUGAGCAAUGCGGGGGCUGAAGCGGCUGAAGCGCUUGCAGGGGAACUGACGAGCGAGAUUUGGAAGGAGCUGCAGCAGCAGGGCGUGACCUGCGACUCUGUUGAGAAAGUCGUUCGCGAUCUCGGGGUGCUCUUGCUGGAGCUGGGCAGUGAGGCCUUCCUCUUUGGCCUAGAGAAAUGCGUCGUCGCGCAGCUCUUGGCGCAGAUCGAACAGCGGCAAAUGAUCGCGGCCACCAAGCCUGGCGCAGAGGAGCUCACGGCGCAGUUGGCGGUCCUCCAGAGAAGCCUGGCCACCGUCCUCGCCACAGUGAAAGGAAACCCGAAGCUUCGGAGCUUCAAUGCUGUCUCCGGCAAAGCACAAGCCCUGCUUGACUGCCUUCGGAAAGAGUUCGCCGAUCCCGAACGGGAGGAUGUGGGCAUGUGCUUUGUCAACGAGGCAUGUUUGAGCCUUCCGCUCGCGUACCUUGUGAAGACCGUCUUGGGGAUAGACACCGCUGCCGUAUCGGGCACGAAGGCAAUGCCAGAAAAAACGCGAAACGAUGCCUUCCAAGCAUUCGCAAACCGCGGUGCGUGCAAACUGCUGGUGGCCACGAGGUGUGCAGAAGAAGGCCUGGACGUGGCAGACUGCUCUUUCGUGGUCCGCUUCAGCCGAUUCCACACAACUCGCAACCACAUUCAAGGUGUCGGUCGCGCACGGGCGUCGGAGGCGAAGGUCUACUACAUUGAGAACGAUCCACUGGAAGAGUGCAGCAAGGAGGAGAUGAUGUACGAUGUCGCAGCCUACCCGGACGUGAUCCCAUCCAUGUUGUCCACUGUGCCGCCGCACCGACGCGUUUGGGAGGGUCUGCACCCGUACAUCAUCCCGGAGAGCCUUGCAGAGGUGAACCUGAAAAAUGCCACCUCGAUUCUGUCAGAGUAUGUUGCUACAACUACAUCGGGGAAGGUCCAGCUAAAGCAGCUCCAUGGCGAUUCGCACUUUUGCCUUCCCGGCCCGCGGGGGUGGCUGAAGAUUCCCAUGGUGGAGGUCGAGCGGUUCUUUCCGAAAGAGCGAGAUGUCAAGCCGACCGCUGUUUCUUACUACGUGGGUGUCCUGGUUCUUCAUUGCCGGGGCUGGCUGGACGAGCACAACUGUGUCACCAAACGCGUCAGUAGAGCGAGCCAAGAAGUUGCGUGGCCAGAGCCGGAGGGGGAGCCGGAGACCAUUUCUCUUGGACCCAUGGUAUUCCCGAAGGGUCUCCUCGGGAAUCUGCCUUCCAGCGACGCCCUUGCGCAGUUUCAGCAGCGCGGCAGGGAGACCAGACGGCAGCACGAGGCUAGCGGCGCGGAGCAAGUCGUCAUCGGCCAGCGAUGGCUCCAGGUGGAUGCCGUCUACAACACACAGGAGACCGUCAACAAGACUUUCACUGAUGGGCGAAGCGUCUGGCAGGGUCUCAAGGAGCUGGCACGCCGCGAGGUGGCCUUCGGGGACAUCACGAGAAUCAGGGUGGCGUUGGGUCCGGACGACUGCUGGUACUCUGCCGACAACCGCCGGCUUUUCAGCAUCAAGGUCGUGGGGCCUCUCAUCGGUGUGACAGAGAUCCUCGUGGAUGAAAUCAACUGGACGCCGGAAAUGAAGAACAAGCUUGACCAGCACGCGAGGUACGGAGAGGUGUGGCGCACAGAUGCUGCUAGCAUCAGUCAAGUGCGCAAGCAGCUUGAGGACGAGCUGCAAAACGGCCCCGCCCCUCUCCCGAGCAGCUCCCUCGACCCGAAGUUGAUCGCCGCUGAGGAGGAGAUCCUGGGAAAGGCGGCAGACCUGGCAGAGACGGAGGAGCUCGCCUCCGCCACAGCGAGCCCGUCGAGGGAGAGCGCGCCUAUCGUCCUGAAGCGGCCGUGCUCUUUUCCUCCGCCGCGGCACCCUCCCAAGGAUCCUGGGUCAACACGGCCGAUCCCGGAGGAUCAAGCGGCUUCUUCUUCCACAGAGGAGCGUCCAAGGAGCCCCUCCCUGCCGUCCGAGUCUGCCGGCCGGCCACCGCCAGAGGAAAGCCAAGGACCUAAGCCGAAAGAGGCGGAGCAAAGCCUGGAGCGAAGCUUCAUCGAAUUCUCGGAGCCCCGCUGCCCAACGGAAAGGCGAGGGGAAGGUGCCAGCAGCGCCAUUCCGCUGCCCAAGGCGCCAGCUCCAGUGGGCAGCUGGGGAGUCGCUGCGUCAGCUCCGGAAGUUCCUGGAGGGACACCAGAGCGCUCUCCGCCGAAGCAUGAGGCCAUUCCUCGGCAGAGCGCCGUGGAAUUGCAGCUGUUGCGAUGCAUUGGAGACUAUCUGGUCAAGAAUCCGAAGGCAGAAUCUUCACAUGAUCCCAUAUCCUUGCUCAAUUUGGCAGUGCAAGCACAAAUGCGCCCCAGCGACCGGGAGCUGCAACCUCUCUGCUACAAGGAUUGGACACACCCAGAUGGCGGCUUCGUUUGCGAGGUGACGCUGUGCGGGAUGAGGGUGGAAGGCCAGUUCGGCGCGAACAAGAAGGCUGCGAAGCAGUCUGCCGCUCAGGAAGCCAUUAAGGCAGUCUGCAAGGCAUCGCGCGAGCGUCGGGUGGUGCCCUUGAAUGAGCUGGAUUAA